UGGUGCUUGCAAGCAGUUUAGCACUCUUCACGCAUACUCGGUGUGAUAAUUUUUUUAAUUUUAUCUCAGCUUACACUUGUAAUUGAUCUUAUUUUAAUUUUCCAAUAAAUAAUAUCUACUUAUCACUGUUAAUUUUAAGGAGCAAUAAAAAUAAUGUUGCGUGCUGUUAUGUUUUCAUUUAACGUCGAUUUUGCAAAGCAACAUCAUGGCAAACGUCCCUUUAAUUAAGCUAAACAAUGGUGUAACAAUUCCAGUUUUAGGAUUGGGAACUUUCCAGGGUCCCCCAGGUCGUGAAGAUGAGGCCGGGCAAGCCGUUAAAGACGCCAUCGACGUCGGUUACCGCCAUUUCGACUGCGCUCAUCUUUACAACAAUGAAAAAAUAAUCGGUGAUGCAAUACAAUCUAAAAUAAAAGAAGGUAUUGUAAAACGUGAGGACCUCUUCAUUGUGAGCAAACUCUGGAACACUUUACAUCGGCCGCCAUUAGUCGAACGGGCUCUAAAAGAAACACUUAAAAACCUACAAUUGGAUUACGUCGAUCUUUAUUUGAUGCAUUGGCCUCAAGGGUUUAAAGUGAUAAUAUUUGGAGAAAUUAAGUUGGUAUUGAUUGGGGUAUUUCAGGAAGGGAGUGAAUUCGUUCCGGUUGAUCCAAAAACCAGCUUAGUUAUUCCCAGUGACGUUGAUUAUGUCGACACCUGGAAGGCUAUGGAAGAGUUGCAAAGAAAAGGGCUGACGAGGUCGUUGGGAGUGUCGAAUUUCAAUAGCAAACAAAUUGAGAGGCUUUUAAAGGUGGCCUCAAUUGUGCCAGUGACAAAUCAGGUAGAAUGUCACCCUUAUUUAAAUCAAGCAAAAUUGCGUAGAUUUUGCUUAGAUAGAGGCAUCAUUUUAACGUCUUACUGCCCAUUAGGGUCCAGAGAUAGACCAUGGAAGAAACCGGGAGAUCUUGACAUUUUCAGUGAUCCUAAAUUUGCACAAAUUGGCAACAAGUACAGAAAGUCUGCUGCUCAAAUAAUGAUCAGAUAUAAUGUACAAUUGGGCAACAUUGUCAUACCAAAAUCUUCAAAUAAAAACAGAAUUAGUGAAAAUAUCAACGUUUUUGAUUUUGAAUUGAGUAAACAAGACAUGGAAUAUAUGAACAGUUUUGAUUGUAAUGGAAGAAUUUGUCGAUACCUUGAGUGCGUGGAACAUCCACUUUAUCCUUUUAAGCCGGAAGUGGAGUUUUAAAAAAUUAUGUUUCUGUACCAAUGAUAUAAUUAUAAUGAAAUAAAAACCAACAUCUUUUA